AUCGGGCAGCUGGUGCCCAAACAGACGAGUUCUGUUGCGACUCCUCAGCACGAGACGGAUGGUGUCCGGGGAGUACUGGAGGUGCUGAUUGUCGACUCUUAAGGCAGAUCUGUAACUGGGAUUUCUUUACAAAAACUUUUUUUUUUUCCUUUUUCUUACUUUUACGACCAGUCCUACUAGAUCUGAAAGCCGAAGGAACGAAGUGCGUGCGUUGAUCCGACGGCGCCUCAUUUUAGCAGUUAAUUUCACUCUGAACGGGGGCGGAGUGGAGCCCUCAAUUCCAUUUGGCGGCAGGUUGGACUGCUGCUCGUACGAUGGCACUCAGAGUCCACCUUCUCGAUUUCCUUUUAUACUUCUCUGCACUUGUCCACACUAGUGGAGCUCUGUACGCAGCUGGGACGAAGAAAGCGGCAUUCGAAGCAUGCGGACUAAAGGGUGGCGUUUGGUCUGGAAACAAGAACCGUGGCAGUGCGGGUUUCAUCGCUUUCCGAUAUGAAAACUGCUCAGUGAACUUGAGUGGAACUGGGAAGUACGCAAUUGAAGGAGUCAACAAUGUGAACUUUAGCCAAUAUGCUUGUGAGAACCAAGUGUUUGCAACCAUCCACUGGACACCAAGUCCCCUUGGAAUUGAACACGUCAGAGGAUUCCGGGUAAUUCUAGAAGAAAAAAAUCAGGAGGGCAGGCAGUGCCAGCGUCUCGUACUGAAAGAGCCAAGGCAGCUAAACUACACUUUCAGGACCAUGAAAAUGGAAACACAGCCUUUUCCAAACCUGAAAUUUGAGACAGACUAUCUGGUGACAAUUGUGCCUUUCCCCUCCAUUAAGAACGAGAGCAGCUACACUUCUAAUGCCUUCAGGACAAAACCUUGUGAUGAGUUGCUGCAGGCCGACAGUCUUGCGUGCAAACCAUUGUGGCGGCCAAAGAACAUGAGUAUUUCUCAGGAUGGUCCCAAUCUGCACGUCACCUUUGACCAUGCCCCCUCCACCUUUGGCUUUAAUUUCUAUUAUCUGCAUUAUAAAAUGGAACAAGAAGAUGUUUUCAAGCAAAAGGCCUGUAGAACGGAAUACAGCACUGAUGUCACCAAUUGUAUCCUUUAUGAUGUGUCACCAGGGAUAUACACAAUAGAGCUGGCUGAUAACACCAACACCACUAGAAAAAGCAGCAUGUUCAAGGUGAACCAAGCACAUUCUUCCUGGGCUGGUCCAAUUAGAGCUGUGGCCAUCACCGUCCCCCUGGUUGUCAUCUCUGCAUUUGCCACUCUCUUCACUGUCAUGUGUCGGAAGAAGCAACAAGAGAACAUCUACUCCCAUCUGGAUGAGGAAAGUUCGGAAUCAUCUACACACACAACGUCUCUCCAUAUUGACAGACCGUGGCCAAGGCCCAAAGUCUUUAUUUGCUACUCUAGCAAGGAUGGCCAGAAACACCUAAGUGUCAUCCAGAGCUUUGCUUACUUCCUGCAAGACUUCUGUGGCUGUGAGGUGGCUCUUGACUUGUGGGAGCAUUUAGAGAUGUGCAGAGAGGGCCAGAUGGAGUGGGUGAGUCGGCAGAUCAGCGAGGCCCAUUUCAUCAUCACUGUCUGCUCCAAGGGAAUGAAGUAUUUUGUGGAGAAGAAAAGCCGCAAGCAGAAGGACAGCAGGAGUAGGAGUAUGUGCCCAGGGGAUCUCUUCAUGGUAGCCGUUUCACUAAUUGCUGAGAGAAUACGCCAGGCUCGGCAGAACUCCAAUGACCUUUCCAAGUUCAUUGCUGUCUAUUUUGAUUAUUCCAGAGAGAGCGAUAUCCCAGCAAUACUGGAUCUUGCCACAAAGUACAAACUAAUGGAUCAUUUGCCUCAGCUAUACUCUCGGCUCCACUCACGAGAUGUUAGUCUUCCUGAUGCUGAGCCUUGUCCUGUCCAUAUCAGCAAGCGGAACUACUUUCGGAGUAAAGCAGGCCGCUCCCUCUAUGUGGCUAUUUGCAACAUGCACCAAUACAUUGAGCAGGAGCCUGACUGGUUUGAAAAGCAGUUGCAGCCAGCCCCGGCCCUUGGAUUCUUGAAGCCGGAGCCUGUCCAGGAGGUGCCUGACAGUGGUCUGGUCCUGAAUGAGGUGGAAUUCAAACAGCCACCUGAGGGAGGUUUCCCGCUCAAGAGGACCAUCAACAUCAUUCCUGUUGUGAACUCUGCCGCCUGCUGUCUGGUACAGCAUGUGAAUGCCCACAGGGAGGUCGAGGCCGGAGCGAUGCUUCAUGUCAUGGAGUCUGCAGGACCUUCAGACAUGCCCAGAGACUCCGGGAUCUAUGACUCCUCUGUGCCAUCCUCUGAGCUCUCAAUCCCAUUGAUGGAGGGCUUGUCUACAGACCAGGUGGAGACCUUGUCUGUCACGGAUAGUGUGUCCUCAUCUUCUGGCUUGGGAGAUGAGGAGCCACCAACACUGACAACUGCUCAUCAAGCUAUCCCAUCUGCUUGUAAAGCAGAGCUUCAUCACAUUCAUGUGGCAAGUACAGGACUGCCAACUGUGGCCCCAUUGUAGUGCUUUGCCCACUUCAUUCAUAAGCAUUGCCACUUUAGCUGCUCACCAGCCUGCCAGUCCCCCCUCCACCACCCUUGUGACCCUGAACCUGUGGACCACAAUGACUCAGUGGGGUCUGUUUUUUAGACUCUUGACACUUUUUUUUGUUACUUUACAUCUACUUGCUUAUGUUUUAGUUUAAUUAAAAACAGACAGUGGUCACUAGGUAUUGACCUAGAAGGACAUGGUUGGGGCCUGGACACUUGUGUGCUUUUCUGGAGUAUUGACUUUGCUCAUCUUGACCAGUCAUUGUUCCUCAGGUCUGCAAUGCUGAAGCGCAACUCAUGGAAUCUCUGAUGACAUUACCAGAAGACAAGAAGCUGCUUUUGGUACCAUGCAGGCCUGUUUCAAAGGGAUGGUUGCUGGCUGUGCUUUCAGUUGCUGUUUACUUCAGCUUUGUGCUGUCAAAACAGGCCAUCACUGAAAACCCCUGUCUACUCAGCAAAAAUGGGAAAUGCAGAAGACAGCCGUCACAAACUGGUAUCAGUAUUUUGCCUGCUACCUGGCAAAUACUAGUAAGUGGUCAUAUUUGCCAUCCAAGUAAGUAAAGUCAAACAGACACUAGAAAUGUCACAUAAUAGCCAAUUGUACUGCACUGGAACAGCUGGCAGUACUCAGCUCUGUGAAUUUCUACAUUGGCUACUCACCCUAUAAUCUGUGUGUUGUGGCAGUGUCCACAAAGUGCCUGAAAUUAUCUGAAACUUCAUGGAGUUGGACAAUGAAAUGGUGCACUAUCAGUAUUGUUGGGAAUGGGGUCUUAGCGGACAACUUCUCUAUUCCACACUCCACUUGACUUCCAGUGUUGAAGUUUUAAGAAGCCCGCUAGAAAAAUAAUGAAAGAUGGUCACUGUUGACUUUCUUAGCUCAACCCUUACCCAUCUUCACAAAAAUCCAGUCCUCAUUAGUGUUUGGUUUCCAUAGUCCACAUCCAUGUGUAAAUUUUAUUUGUCUGAAUGUGGUCCACAUGUGGCAUGAUAUCAAAUGUGUGAUCCAUGAAGCAGCACUCAUGAGAAAGCACAUCUAACCUUCUGGGACCUGCUUGGCUUUGGCUCCUAUACUGCUGUGCUUUGUCUGUCUGAGUCUGAGGCCCAAGAGAUGCCACCAUUUCAAGCUUAGGGAAGAGUAGUAUUCACAGGGGUAAAUGAGUGCCACUCUGGCAGGAUCAAGUCAAUGACCCAGUCCCAUGAGUGGCAUAAAGAUGGCAAGUUACAGCUGACUUGAAGGAUGACCAUGACUGACUCUCAGCCAGCUUGUUUCUUCGUUAACAAUAAAGUUUAUUUGGAGGUGUAGCAUUGAAGUCACAUAAAACCGUUUAGAAUAAGAGUUUUUAUACCUUAAAUUUGUAUACUUUUAGACAAUACCACAAGUGGUAGAAGCUCACAUGUACUGCUUUUUGUCAGUUUUAAUUUAUUGCUAAAGAUUCAGCUGCAUGACAGUAAUUUAAAGCAAUAUGUCUAACAUUUGUAUUGCAUUAAGUCUGGAACAAAAAAGCAGCCCACAAUGAGAAUAUGUGACUGAUAGCAUAUUGUGAUGCCCAGUGACUCCAGAGGGCAAUGCUUCCAUUUUGUUUGUCUCCAUUUUAGAGCCUGGGAUAUUGGGCAAUCUUUUGCAUACUGUUUUAUAUAUAAGAGAUACCUUAUUUUUAAUAAAAAUGUAAUCAGACGGA